CCACAUUUCGCAGGAAUUGGAACUUUCCCGAGGUCAAGGCAGCGCAGCGGCUCUUCUAGCAUAUACAUGCAUGUGUGGUUACUUCCUGGUUGUCCAAUAUUAUACCCCCCCUUGUCCAUUCCCAAAAUUUGGAACCUUGCCUCGAGCCAAAUAGCAGUAUCCAUAUAUAAUCGAAGCUCCUCGAUCGUCGACAUUAACUGUCGCCAUUUGUUCGGCAUCAUUUGCUGGUAGAAAUGCCCUGGCAAAAGACAUUCACCCUCGGUCGCAGACAGAAAGGAUGCCAUCUCAUCACGGACGAGGUUGUGAGUCAGAUAGAAGAGGGCUUGAAACAGACACCUGUCGGAGUACUGCACCUCUUCAUAAAGCAUACGUCUGCAGGCUUGACUCUCAACGAGAACUGGGAUUCUGACGUUCGCAUUGAUAUGGACAUGGCUCUCGACAACAUUGUCCCGGAAACACUCAAUUGGAGACACGUAGAUGAAGGACCAGAUGACUCGGUGUCCCACACUAAGGCAUCAGUCAUUGGAGUGUCGGUAUCGAUACCCAUAACCAAUCAUACGCUUAACCUCGGUACUUGGCAAGGAAUCUAUCUGACUGAGUUUCGUUAUGUUGCUCAUACGCGGACCGUCGUUGCUACAAUAAUUCCCUAAUCCAGUUCGAAGAGUAGAAUAUCAAUUAUUAGUUCUAAUUACCCUUUAUCUACGCAUGCACGAACUGUUUUGUAGCUUCUGGUAUUUGUGAUUGCCAGUGUUUGCACGUCGUUGAGCUCAGAAC